GCGUUGUUCCCCCAUCUUCCGCGUCUUGUUGAAAAGCAAUAACAAAUACACUCACUCAUCUCACAAUCGUUCUGUGAUUCAUUGAAUCAAUUUUACCCCUAAUUAUCUCUUCUCUUGUAAACCAAAAAAAGACUCCUUAAUCUACCCUAUUUGGCCGACCCUAUACCGUACGGAAGCCGGAUUGAGUUUGUUAAGGAUACCCAACAAGGCCUUGAAACCAACGGCAAAACGCGUGGAUAAUCUUGAACAACUUGCUACAAUGCUGUUUCUUUUUACUCGCGUUGGCCCCAUCGAUCAGAAUGGUGCGUCAAAUACUUCAUCGUCAAUUCUCGAAGCAUCAUCACGCGACUUGAGGAAAGCAAAGUCUACCCCCAUCUUACGGAUAAACGGAAUUCCCCCAACGGUUACUGGUAUUCCCCCAACACACCCUCCAGCAACAGAUUCCCCCGAGCUAGCUGCAGAUGCUUCGGGCGUACCUUCCGCCUUGUCGCAUACAACUUCAAACACCUCGACAGCUGCCAGGUUGGCGUGUCCCAAGCCACCAUAUAUCCCUGAUCAAGCUUACAAUAGGCAUAGCUCAUUUACCCGCAAAAUCCGAUACCGCCUCUCUUCACUAAAUCGUGGUUCCGGCAGUCCUGUCAUUCAGCCAGUCUCUUCUCUCACUCGAGCUGAUGAGUUGAAAGGCCUAGAUUCCAAAGCAUUCAGACUUUUACCAAUCAAUGCUUCUGGUACCAUGUCUCCGACAUCAGAGGAAUACACAUCCGACGUCUAUAAUCAAGCCAAAGCCCUGUCAGCCUUCAGCACUCGAGACCGAUCACAAUCCGUUUUCGAUUCAAAGACCCCAUAUACCAAUAGUAUGGCAUUCUUUAAAGGUGGAUUAAACAAGGCCCACAAAUUUAUUGGCCGGGCUCUCGAAGGAUUUCCAGAUAAGGAAAGUGAGGAAGAAGUUAGUGAUGAAAGUCAUGACGAGGACGAAGAUGAUCUCAACAUGCUCUAUACCGUAAUGGUGCCCUUAGAGUUUCCAGACGAGGAAGACGGCGAAAAUACAUCAUCAUCAUCAUCAUCUCCUUUCGAGCCAGACUUCGACAAAGAUAGAAGCAAAAAUCACUCUGAUGGUAUUCCUGGCUAUUGCUUCAAGAAACAAUCUUCGUCGUGCUUAUCAACCAACAAUCAACCUUUGGCUCCGCAAAAUGAACCUCUUACGAACGGUAUCGAUUCGACAUUGCUCUCCCAAUUCACCUCUAACCCGAAACCCCCCUCUGUUCCGUCACAACAAUCUGACUUAAACCAGUCACCCCUCUAGAGGGUGCUGAGAUGGAUUCGAACUCGGAUCUCUGGCUCAUAUACUCAUGGCUGCCUCAUACCGACUCGUUUUCGCAUCUGUUCGCGCAUCAUAAAUAUAUCUACCACUGGUUUUUACUUCUGGCUACUGAAAUUAGCUCGGUCAACAUUGUCUGUCAUCUUUGCGACCUCCAAGAAGCACGAUAAUAUCCAUUUAAUCCACUUACCAUUCACACUGUACCUUGAAUAUCAAUAUACACUUUCUAUUAUUUUGAUCCAUGUUUGACUGCGCUAGAGCACCUGUCCUGUAUCUGUUACACCUAUUUACACAGUGCUACCCACUUCUCAUUCCAUUUCAAAUCUGUUAUGCUCUUCCAAAGAUGUCCACUUCUAAGCCCUACUAAUUACAAUUGAUAUUGAUAUACACAUUGAACCAUGCACUCACAACUUGUUUUUGAAUAAUAUCCCUUGGUUAUUGUACAAAUGUCCAAUAAUGCUCAUUUUUUUGGCUGGA